AUGGAAGAACAACAAUACGGUAAAAUUAUUGAUAGCAUUCCGAUUUUUUCUGGACAGCCAAAAGAAAAUAUCACGGAAUGGUUAGAUAUUGUAUCGCUAAAAUUUGAUAUUAUUGGCUAUGACUCUCGUCAAAAACGUCGAUUCCUACCACAAUAUUUAGCUGGAAACGCUUUAAAAUGGCAUCUCACACAUCGGGAAGAUCUUUUAUCUUGGGAUGAUUAUACGAAUGCAAUAGCAGAUGCUUUCCCUCAAAUUGUCACUACUUCUCGUGACAUGAACCUACAAUUGUUAAAAGAUAGAAAACAAGGUGAUAACGAAUCUUUCACCGAAUAUUAUGCAUCUAUUAUUGAUCUAUAUCGAAAACAUGAUACUGACAUGACUGACCUUCAAAUCAUUGACUGGCUAAAAGCGGGCAUGAAAAUUACCUUAUAUGAACGGUUACAAGGUGAGGAUUUUAUUACACCGCAACUUUUGCUUAAUCGUGCCCAACGUAUUGAACUCGAUACUGCGGUUCUUGAUGCUCGAAAACGUACCUCAACUGUUCGUCAAAAUACGUCACCAUCAUAUUCUAACUAUGCGAACCGUUCUAAUCAACAAAGGCACUAUCAACAUCGGUUUCCAUCACCAUACACACCAUCGUACCAACCACCUUUAAUGUCUACCACGUACUCUGGUCCGUCGUACAACAACACAACUAAUUAUCCUUCAUUGGUUACUUCUCCUUCGUCUCAAUAUCCGUAUCAUACAUAUCCCGAUGUUAACUCGUCAAUAUUCUCUCGUCGUCCUAUUGUCUGUUAUUCAUGCGGUCGAUCUGGUCAUAUAUCCAAUCAAUGUUCGUCUCGCCCAAAAGAUUAA